AUGACUUCAAACAACAACAACGAGCUAUUCCCAGACGUAGCGGACCCAAAACGGAAAUUACGAGGCUUCAGCAGAGUGGACUCAGUACCACCGACGUCAGCACCUCCGACAAAACAGCCACCGAAGAAACAAGCAGAGAAAAGGAGAGCAGAAGUGGUUGAACCUGUUCAACAAAACAAAGUGAAAAGAGUAAUUGUAAAAGGUUACGGAGAUGCAAGCGGUCAAAAUCAGAGAGAAGUAGGAAAAUCUAAAGGUCAACAGGAGCAAGACAAAGAACGAGAAGUUUCAACUACGAACACCCAAGCGACGAACAACUUACCAAGUGGUACGAGUUUAACAACCUUAACGACGAUAGAGGAAAGUCAAACAGACGGAACCUCAGGUGGUCAAAUUAGAGACCCAACCGGUAAUCAAACGGCGGCCCAACGCAAGAACCAAGAGAUGCCAGAGAGCGAGAGUUCUUUAGAGUAUCUGGAGGAUCUAGAGAACGAAGAAGACAGCGAUAGUGAAGUUUCAUGGGUGAAUCUCAAGCAAGUCAAGAAAGAACCAGAUGAAGGACAACGAGAAAAAGAAAGAAGACUCACUGGAUUAGUAGCAAGUCCCUCGCUAAAUAAAGUCCCAAAUCCCCCACCCAAAGUAAAGCCCGCCAGAGCCGCCGAACGCAAAAUACCGAGAGGUAGACCGAUGUCGGAAGAUGAAGAUGACAAUGUCAACAAGUCUAGAGGCAGAGGCUUCGUGGAGAACGGGAUCGAGUUCGCGGAAGGGGAAGUCCCAAGUCAUCAUAUGGCUCAACUGACGGUGUUCUGGGACAACAGAAUCAGGAAGAUAAAAGGCUACGUACCAGUAUCUAUGUUCAACCGAGCCUGGCUGGAAGCGAAUAGAGAGGUUGAAGGAAAGAAGUCUAAGAAAAAGAAGAAAGACGAAGAAUCAGACUCGGAAGACGAGACCUACGAAGGAUUGUCCUACCCCUCUGAACUACGCCUAAGUUAUGGUGACUGGGUAACCUGUUUCAAUCUGAUGCUCGACUACUUGAGGAAGUGGUUCGAUUUCCGUCGACUAGCAGAAAAAUUCGAAGGCCAUAAGAAAAAUGUCGAAGAAAUCAAGAGCGAGAAUGACGACAACUGGAUGAUCGCACUUAGAUAA